AUGAACAUGUUACGUGGAGAUGAACGGGGGUGUCACUACCUUCGGUGUCUCCGAUCUAAGAAUCUUCAGCAGAGUCUGAUUGGAGGGGAGGAGGAGGUGGGGGUGGAGAAAGGUCUGCAUUACCCACUGCGCACGCAGCUGCCUCGGCGAAGGGUUACGCCGGCCCCCGGAGCCCGGGGCGGCCCGGCGGGCGGCCGAGAGGAAGGGCUGCCGGGGGCGCCGCUGCGACGGUGGCGAGUGCGUGGGGGAAGGGGCCCUUACUCACCCGGGCCGGCCGCCUCCGCCUCCGCCGCCCCGGCCGCCGCCUCGGCGGUCCAUCCUUGCGGCGGGGGCCUGCAGCCGCGGCGCUCGAGUCACAACCGCCGGCUGGGCCGGCCCCUCCCCCCUGCCCAACGUCUGUCCUCAGGGCCGCUCCUCAAGACCCGGCCUCGGCCGCUGCCGCUGCCGCCGCCGCCGCAGCGCUACGUGGCCGCCGCUCCGACGUCUCGCGACUCCCUUCCCAGCGCGCGAGGGCGAGCUGGGCCGGCGGGGCGGGCAGCACGGGGCGGGCAGCAGGGGAGGGGGUGUGCGUGUGUGGAUGUGUGUGCCGGAGGGGGCAGGGAGGGAGGCGAGCGGCUGCGAGGGCGCGCGCGCGCGCGCCCGCGGCCCCUUCCCUCGCCGGCCCCCCCGCCCAACAGGGAUCCCGACACCUCCCUCCGCCCGCCCCCUCGGCAUCCCGGCCUCUGGGAGCGGCGGCGCGCAUGCGCAGCCCUCGGGCCGGCCCGGGCGCACCUUUUCUGCCUCCUGCCACAUUGUGAGCGCUCCGCCACCCAGAUAACCGCCGGCUCUCCGCGCCACCCCCGCCCUUUCCCACUCCGCCCACUCCCGGCGCCCAGGGGAUGAUGCGUCAAGAAGACCCACACCAGAUGAGGGUACCUUGAUAUUGGAUUUCUCAGCCUCCAGAACUGUAAGAAAUAAAUUUCUAUUCUUUUUAAAUUACCCAGUCUGUGGUAUUCUGUUACAGCAACACAAAGUAGACUCCAACAAGCACCCCACUCCCAUGACUCAAAAUCCUGCAGGGAGUAAGAUGACCUGAGUCUGGGACAAGGUUAGGGAAAAGAUUGAAACUUUCUAAGCAAAGGGGUCCAAGAGCUGACUCUGUCCUUGACCCCUUCCCAGAACAGAUGCUUGACUUUUAUUACAUUUGGUCUCUGGACUCCAGGGAUAAUUUUGGCAACUUUGGGUCAUGUUUUUCAAUAAUGAGUUUUUUUCAGUGAAUAAACACUAAAAACGAUACCAUAUUUCAGCAGGUAGAGAGAAAAUCUUCAGGUCGAACAGGAGGAAAUAAGCAGAAGUAAUAAAAGGAGAGAGAGAUUCAAUGUGAGAAAGAACAUGGUAUCCAUAGGGGCUGCUGAGCCUGGGACAUCUCAGUGAGAUCGAUGUCUCGCUUUGCCUUCUUAGACAUUUGAUCCAUUCCCCACCCUCUGUUAGUCAGAGCUAUCCAGCUUGGAAGAGGGGUGUGCAGAGUGAUGGCUAAUGAAUAAGGUGACUUUCCCAGUGUUUAUGACUCUUCAACUCUCUGAAGGGUUCCUAGUAACUAGGUAUGGUUUUUGCAGGGAG